AUGGUGUGAAUGAAAUCGAAUAAUAAUAAAAAAAAUCUAAUGGUUGAUUCGAUUGGAUUGUAUUUCCGCAUUGAAAUAAGGUUUGGUCUCUUUAAAAUAUGAAAUUCACAAUCAUUCAUUCUUUGGUAACAGAACGAAAACGGAAACUUGAUGAUGAUGAUGAUGAUGAUGAUGAUGAAGAUAUUGCUUCUCCUCCUCCUAGUCCUCCUCGGUGGUGCAGUGAUUGACGGCGGCAACAACGGCACAAACCACAGUAGUAGUCCAGGAGUAGAGGAAUUGUUGUUUGAUAGAUUCAGUGCAGCGAGCAACAUGACCCUAAACGACGGUGCUGUGGUCGACGUGAACGGCACGCUCCGCCUCACUACUCCGGCGGGUCAUGCAUUCUAUUCAACCCCAUUCAACAACAAUUUCUCCUUCUCCUCAACUUUUGUUAUUGCAAUUACCAAAUCCGGCGCCUUUGCCUUUGCCUUCACGGGGAAUUUGUCCAGCAAGUGGUUCCGGGUGGAAUUCGACACCGAUGAACACAACCAUAUCCGCGUGGGUAUCAACUUGAAUGGAGUGAAGAACAAGUGCAAUGCAUCAUUACAAUUAGAAUUAGAAUUAGGUGGUGAUGAUGAGGAGCUGUUGAUUCAAGCAUGGGUUGAUUAUGAUUCAUCCAUCAACCAAUUGGAGGUCAGGCUUUCGCCAAACUCCUCCUCGAAAUCCAAUUUACCACUUCUGUCUUGGAAUAACGAUGAUGAUCUCUCACCAAUUCUUGUUGAUGAGACUAUCAUGUAUGUCGGGUUCUCUGCUUUGAGAGGGGUGUCCUAUAUCCGCGGUGGGAGUUUUAGACUGAAUGGAAAAGGAAAAGGGAAAGGGAAAGCAGCAGCCAUACCUUCUCCACCACCAGUACUCCCAGAACAAGACCAAGAUGCAGUACAAGUACAAUUAUCGGGAGGUGUAACAGAUCCUUGUCUCUUCUUGGUAAUUGGUUUUUGUGGUACCCUGAUAAUAGGAACUGCAGAUUGGGCAUACAAGACGUAUGCCGCCGGCUAAGGUGUGCUGGUUGCUGACCUCUAGUUAGAUUGCAACAUGGUUGUAGAUAGAAUCUUUGGCGAGAUGACAUUUCUCUUCGUGUUUGGAAGCAUUUCAAUGUUAAAUUAUCUUUUUACACUUGUGUAGUCUGCUUUUAGAUUUUCAAAUCUAACAAAAUAAAUAAAUAAAAUGGCAAUCAUAUAUCAUUUGAA